UUUUUUUUUUUUUUUGUACAGCAAUCCUCGAUCAGAGAUGGCGGGCGCCUCAGACCCCCUGGAAGAUAUGCUCUUUUCAGAGGUGGACGAGAAAGCGGUGAGCGAUUUGGUGGGAUCUCUGGAGUCACAACUAGCCGACAGCAAAGCCGACACAGAGGGACACACACUUCUGGAGAACAGAGGCAACGGCUCAGCUGGCAACACGAACCAUCACUUGGGGAAAACGUUACCAGCUCGAGUGGGCACCACAACACUAGAACAACAACAACAACAACAAGGAGGGCGACAUAAAGCUGGCGUGCACCCGGGGACCCACUGUAAAGGCAUCAGCUCGGAGAAACCCGUCCGAGCAUCCCCACCGAGCUCUCCGCCACCGCUGGACGAGGCUUCUGUCACUGUUGUCGCCGACCAAAAAGCAAACGCCAGCAGCGGCUCGCCUCCCCGUGAUACAUCAAUCACAACAUCGAACGCCUCCGCUCUGUCAACUUUGGCACCGUCUCGAAUCAGCAUCAGCACCGCGGCUCCGGGUCCCAUGGUAACCGCUUUAUCUCCGAGUGGUGGCACGAGACCCACUAAUCCUCCGAGGAAACGCGCCACCGUCGCGUCAAAGAGGAGCGCGUCCGCUCGGAUCAAGAGUUUAACCGGAGGAGCGGUGUCAACGCGGCGGACUAGCGCUGGUGCCUCGGCGUCCGAACUCGCUAGCCCUGCAGCCGGGUGUACAAGUGCAGCAAACCCUAUUCUGAGAGCAGGGACAGCAUCAUGUAGUAGAACCCCCGCGACUGUUACCUUGUCUAACGCCAGCAGCGUGCCAGCAGCAGGUCAGUCGUGUGGUGCUCUCGAUCGGGGCACGCCUACCAUAGCGCUGCACAGACUUCCCAAUCAUAUCGUGGCAAGCAUAGCCCAGAAUGGCAACGGCACCACGGUGUCUGCUCUUGUCCAGCAAGGGGCGCGUUUAGGACCCAUCACCUCCCCCGGUGCACAGCUCAACCACAACGCAGCGUUGACGCUUAACACUUCGGUUUCCAAAACAGACGAGUCUCACCAUAAAACCGCCAUGGCGAGUCAAUCAUGCAACACGAGUUCUGUAAUAAGCACCUGUUCUUCUUCUGUUGUGUUAACAACAGCAGCCACGUUAAGUUCCCCCACCACCGCGGCUGGCUGUGCCGCCGGCGUGGCGACGACUCUGAGUGGGAGCGGGCAAACGACAGCACCAAACAUGCACACGAACACGGUCAGACUGGCAGCUCCCUCGGCUGCACCCGUUGGGGCCACCCCUGCUGCACAGUGUCAGCCCCGUCCCGGGCUGACUGCACCUCCUCAAAGGAUUGUAGCUCCACAACAGUUGAUUGUCAGGGCGCCUCAACCGCAGACGACCAUCCAGCUGCCCUCUGGCUUUACCAUUCCUCAGGGGAUGGUCUUGGUGCGGACGGAGCUGGGACAACUUGUGAUGGUCCCUCAGCAAGCGCUAGCACAAGCCCAGGCUCAGAACAACCUCUCCCCGCGACCCUCCACGCCUACAACCGGGCCCUCCUUCAGAGCCCCCGGCCCUCAGGGCCCCGUGGCCCCCGCCGUGGCAGUGACGGCUCCCCAGCAGGCCCCCGCAUCGGGGGCCCCCCAGGCCCGGGCCGCGGCCCUGGCCGCGGCCGCCUCGCGACCGGCUCAGCCCCCGCAGACGGCCGUCGCCGUGGCCCCCGGGGGCCCGGCCGUAGCCCAGGAAAUGCAGGACAACGUGAAGAAGUGUAAGAACUUCCUGGCCACGUUGAUCAAGCUGGCGUCCCACAAUUCUCCUUCCCCCGAGACAUCCAAGAAUGUCAAGAGCCUGGUCCAGGAUCUGUUGGACGCCAAGAUCGAGCCCGAGGAGUUCACCAGCCGGCUGCAGGCGGAGCUCAAGUCGUCGCCCCAGCCCUACCUCGUGCCCUUCCUCAAGAAGAGUCUCCCGGCCCUGCGGUUGUCUCUGCUCAGCAGUCAGCAUUCGGUGCCCACCCCCCAGCAGGGAGUGAAGCCGGGGGUCUACCCCGGCCCCCCGGUGGCGGGGGGGGCAGCGGUCCGGGUCCACUACCCCAACAGCGUCGGACCGGCCACGGGGGCGGGCGGACUGGCGGCCGCACACACAGCCGGCGUGGGGAUGAAGAGAGGGGGCGUGUCUGGGGGACAGGUUCGGACGCCCGUGGCGACACCGUGUAUGAGAGCACAAGGUGCUCUGUGUAAGGGACUGGUCGGUGCCCAGACAGGCAGAGGCCCCGCGGGUAUGGGUCCACCGGGCUCCGGGAACCAGAAAAACAAGCCCAACGAUCCCGGGGGUGGUUCGUUCAGGGACGACGACGACAUCAACGACGUGGCUUCCAUGGCCGGGGUGAACCUGAACGAGGAGAGCGCCAGGAUCCUGGCCACCAACUCGGAGCUGGUGGGGACACACAUCCGCUCGUGCAAAGACGAGGCCUUCCUCCACCCGGGGCUGCUGCACCGGAGGAUCCUGGAAGCAGCGAAGAGGUUUGGCGUGACGGAGGUGCCCAUGGACUCGGUGACGUUCAUCUCCCACGCCGCCCAGGCACGGCUCCGCACCGUCCUAGAGACGGUGUCCUCCAUCGCUCAGCACCGCCUCGACUCCUGCAAGGAUGAGGAGUGGUACGAGCCGUCUGCAGACGUGCGCUCCCAGCUCAGGUUCUUUGAGCAGCUGGAGAGGAUGGAGAAGCAGAGGAAGGACGAGCAGGAGAGAGAGAUCCUGCUGAAGGCUGCUAAGAGCCGGGCGAGGCUGGAGGACCCAGAGCAGGCCCGGCUGAAGCAGAAGGCGAAGGAGAUGCAGCAACACGAACUGGCCCAGACGAGGCAGAGGGAGGCUAACCUCACCGCUCUGGCCGCCAUCGGCCCCCGAAAGAAACGCAAGAUGGAUUCGGCGUGGGCCACGGCGUCGGGGAGCGAGGUGAGAGGACCCCUCCACGUCCGGGCGGCGGAAGAGCUUUCUUAUGCGCUGACCACCUCUGAUCAGACACUUGAGGGAUCCCUCCUGUUCAAUGCCUGGUUAUGGCACGUUUAUUAAAGGGGACAUAUUAUGAAAACAACACUUUUCCUGGGAUUUGGGGUGUUGUUUUGGGUCCCUGGUGCUCCCGCACACAUGCAAACUUUGAAAAAGUCUGUACAUGAUUUUUUGAGUGAGAUAUGCAUUUAUGAAAGUACCCCACCUACAGUUACCAAACGAGCUUCCUGUGCUGCACAGUUGAACAUUACCUCCCACUUCCCCACUCCCCUCCAAUCAGGGCAUAGCUAAGAUUUUGUGGACCAGCGGACGAGCAGCUCCGGCGGGGGGCAGCCCUGCAGCUAAGCUCUAGGAGUACAAUCCCAUUCUCUCCGGAGGAGGAGACAUGGAGGAGAAAGGGAUUGUACUCCCGGAGCUGAGCUGCCGGACUGCCGCCAAGCUACCUCCGCCGGACUGCCGCCGAAGUCCGGCCGUCGUCGAAGCUGUCCGGCCGCCGCAGAAGCUUUGGCGGCAGUCCGGCAGUGUGCUCCGGGAUCUGAACUGCGGCCGAAGCUUUCCGGCUGCUCCGGCGGGUGUACUCCGGGAGCUGAACUGCCGCCGAAGCUGGCAGGUCCGGCGGGGGUAGGUCUCGGCGGCAGUCCAGCAGCUCCAGCGCGGGGAGCUCGGCGGCAAGUCAAGCAGCUCAGCUCCCGGAGUACAAUCCCUUUCUCCUACAUGUCGCGGCUCAUGGACUUCAGUGAGUCAAGGCCAAAGUUCCUUUACUUGUUGUGGAAGUGCCAGAGACGUCAGACGGAGUCUUUAUGAAUCAUAAUAUCAUCCGAGGCGCACAUAGCUUUUGGCCGUGAUAUUAGAUAUAAUAUUAUAUAAAUACCCAUAUAUAAUAUUAUUAUUAUUAUUAUUAUUAUUAUUAUUAUUAUUAUUAUUAUUAUUAUUAUAUUAUACUAUAUGAUAUAGAUAUAGAGCUCCAGAUUUCCGCAAACGGCAACAAUCCCUUCUCCUCCAUGCUGUGGUUCAGUCUGACAGCUCAUUGGUCAAUGGGCAGCAGCUCAUUUGCAUUAAAGCUACAGACACCAGAAACAGCGCAUUCUGAAGGGACUGAAAGAGAGGGGAAUAGCAGUAGGCAAGAUCUUUUUUCCUAAAAGCUAUUUCCCGCAAACAGCUUCAAAAACAUGUUUUCUGGAACUCAAAUACCAUGUUUACUUUUUGGGAAAACACCAUAAUAUGUCUCCUUUAACCGGUGUUACAUUAAUAACUAAUUAACAUUAGUCAAUGUUAAAAGCAUUAUUAUACAGCAUUAGCACACAUUGUGUCGUCAUGUGUGUAUCUUGUCGCGUUGUCGCAUUACGGUGACACGUUUCAAGUCACGUUGCGUGAUGUCAAGUCACGUUGCGUGGUGUCAAGUCACAUAGCUUUGUGUCAAGACACGUUGCGUCAAGUCGCGUCGUGUUAAGUCACGUCUCUUCGGGUCAAGUCACGUUGCUUUGUGUCAAGUCGCGGCUAUCCGGACUAUAAUAAUUAUAUGCAAGAAUGCAAAAUAUGAAUACUAGUAAAUAUAAUUAUCAACAAAUUUGACACGAGGGCAUUAUACCCCCUCCUAUAUGCAAUUACAGCUACUAUAAAUCGAUUGACAAACAUAAGUACUUUCUUUGAAAAACCCCCGUUUAUUCAUAGAGGGACGGUUCGUUCCGGUAAAAAUAGACUUGAAGUCUAUUUCAGCAAUUUGCUGUCCGUCUGAUGUCAGCUCUCAUGGAAUAGAGCGGGGUUUGUUACUAAGAGCUCCACGCUACGCUCAACGACGCCUGGGUGGCUAGUCUAAGGGGGGUUAGGGAUGGGGUUAAGUUUAGUUACCCUGCUAGUGGACAUUAAGGGGCCACUCACACUAGGGCCGCGGCCCCCUGCCCGAGCUCAUUUGCAUACUAAAGUGUAGAACAUUUGGCUAGUGUGACCACGCCAUCCGUAUUCCAGCACGGAACAGCCCCCUGGCCACGGCACACUUGCGAGAGGUGUGCCGUGGCCAAAGUACAGAUGCUAAUGAGAUGACACGCGCACACGCGCGGAUACGCAACGUGAGCUGGAUGACGUAGUCCUUGCGCGACCCUUCUUUCUUUAUAGGUCUAUGCCCUUCUUCCCCACAACAAUCAUUUUAAACGAUGGCGGCAAGCGGUUCACGAGUGGGUUUACGUUGGUGCAAUAGUGAAGUCGAGUGUUUACUUGAA